GUCAAAUUCAGUUCUAACUCCAUAAAAAUUGAGUUGGAGCUAUUAGGACCUUUACAACUAACAUUGCAUAAGCAUUGGUAAUUGGUUAUUGACUAACUUUCUCUUACAGUUUCAUAAUUAACAGUUUUUGAAAUAAGCACAUUUUGCUAUGAUAGCAAUACCCAUUACCCACCAUUGUUCCCAAGAUUCAACUUUUUCCAUCACAGAGUACCUUUUUGCUCUUUACUCUUUUAUCCCAGAAAAACCUUCAAGUGGGUUCUUGAAGUUUCAAACUUUCUGUGAAGGAACCCUAAUCGGAAUCAAGAAAAUGAAAUUUGGUGUUACAGUUUUGGUGUUUUUCGCUGCUUUAGCGACCGCCCGUUUCAGCAAAUGCUCUACUGCUCUCAGCCCAGAUGGUUUUGCCCUGUUGGAACUGAAAGUCAGUUUGAAUGACACUGGAAACUUUCUGAGUGAUUGGAAUGAAUCUGAUGAAUUUCCUUGUAAAUGGACUGGUAUAGCUUGCAGCGGGCAAGACAAAAGAGUUAUAACUAUAAAUUUGCCACUCAAGCGUUUUCAAGGAACUAUACCCACUACAAUUUCUAAACUCGAUAAAUUACAAAGACUCUCACUUCGCCAGAACGAACUUCAUGGUAUCAUCCCGGGGGAAAUUUUCCAAUGUUCUGAACUAAAAGCCUUGUAUCUUCAAGCGAACAAUUUAGAAGGUGGUAUACCGUCAACUAUUGGAAACCUUACUCAUUUGCGUAAAUUGGAUUUGUCGAGCAAUUUACUGAAAGGUGUUAUACCUUCUUCUCUAGUUCGCUUAACGAAUUUAACAUAUCUAAACUUAUCAUCAAACUUCUUAACUGGUGAGAUCCCAAGUAUUGGAGCUCUAGCAAGGUUUGGGUUCACUUCGUUUCAUGGCAAUCACCAUCUUUGUGGCCUACAAGUGGACAAGCCUUGCAAAACAUCCCUCGGUUUUCCUGCCGUGUUGCCUCAUCCAGAAAGUGACGACACGAAAGAUCACAAGAGAUCGUCUCGUUAUGUUAAAGGUUUAGUUAUUGGCGCCAUGUCCAUGCUCGGCUUCGCCAUUAUUUUGCUUCUCGGCUUUCUCUUGAUUUUGUUGCUUACAAAGAAGGAAAGAGCUGCUAAGAAGUACACAGAAGUGAAAAAACUAGCUAAUCAAGAACCAAGAGCUAAGCUUAUUACAUUCCAUGGAGAUCUUCCAUACCCAUCUUGCGAGCUCGUGGAAAAAAUCGAGUCUCUUGAUGAGGAAGAUAUAGUGGGGGCAGGAGGUUUCGGCACCGUAUACAGAAUGGUCAUGAAUGACUGCGGAACUUUCGCGGUCAAGAAAAUUGACCGGUCAAGAGAAGGUUCCGAUCAGGUGUUUGAGAGAGAACUCGAAAUCUUGGGUAGCAUCAAACAUAUAAAUCUAGUAAACUUGAGAGAUAGUUUAGCCGAAGAGCGUUUGCUAAACUGGAAUGCACGUUUGAGAGUAGCUGUUGGUUCGGCCCGGGGAUUAGCUUACCUACACCACGAUUGCUCCCCAAAGAUAGUCCAUCGGGAUAUAAAGUCGAGCAACAUACUACUUGAUGAGAAUUUCGUGCCUCGUGUCUCGGAUUUUGGUCUUGCCAAGCUAUUAGUCGACGAUGAUUCUCAUGUCACGACUGUGGUUGCCGGCACAUUCGGCUAUUUAGCUCCGGAGUACUUGCAGAGAGGUAGGGCCACCGUGAAGUCGGACGUUUAUAGCUUUGGAGUGCUUCUCUUGGAGCUCGAAAUCGGAAAAAGACCCACCGACCCAUCUUUCGUCCAGAGAGGUCUGAAUAUCGUCGGAUGGAUGAAUGAGCGUUUGAGGGAAAAUCGGCUGGGUGUCGUGCUCGACAAAAGAUGCUCGGAUGCGGAUUUCGAGACGGUCAAGUUAGUUGUGCAAAUUGCUGCAAGAUGCACGAAUGCAAACCCGGACGAGCGGCCCACAAUGCAGCAAGUCCUGCAAAUGCUGGAGCAAGACCUGAUGACUUCUCCAUAUUUAAGCGAGUUUUACGAGUCGCAUUAGGACAAGUGAUGGUGACGUGGAACUUAUAAUAAACGUGUAAAUAUUCCCGGGUGAACUAAUUUGCAUUCACGCGUUUAUGUUUUUGAAUC